CAGUGAGUAGUGUGAGACCCGGAUGUCAUUCGCUAUGCCCACCCCAGGCAACGUGUUCAGGGCUUCCGGGGCGUGGCCUGGCCAGAGCGAGGCGUGGAACGCGCAGGUGAUUGGAUGGUUCGGUCCUGAUAGCCUGGGAGCCCGGUAUAACGCCGGCAGCACCGUCCCUGAGGCGCGGAGACCGCAGCACCGGGCGCUGAGUGCGGGGUGGAGGACAAGUCUUAAAUCAGCCGUGGGCCCUACUGGAGAAGCUGGAUCCCUGCCCUGCACGAGUUGCCGACGCUGAAGGUCACUUACCCUUGAUGUGGAUAUGCUAAAAUGGCAUUGGUGCCGUAUGACGAUAGUGUGCUCAGCGGUCUGCAGAGGUUUCAUCAUUCCAACACCACUUACACCUUCGCCAACCACACCAUCCGGAUCAAGCAGGACUGGAGGCAGCUGGGCGUGGCGGCGGUCGUGUGGGACGCUGUAUGUAUGACUUAUAACUGCUGCUUUCUGGGGGUCUUCAUAACGGGUAUGGGACUCAAGGUCGACACUCAUUAGGUCGACAUGAAAAAG